UCAGCAGUAGUUCUUCAGAUUCAUCUUUGAAUUCAAGAUAUUCAUAUUGUAGUUGUGAUUAUUGUAAGAAUCGUAAUGAUUUCAGUGAUUGUACAAGUGAUUUACAAUCGGAUCUACUUCCAACCAGAAUGCCACCAAAUUCUGACGAAACUAGACGCAUUGGUACAACAGUAAAAAAACAAAAUGAGCCACAACAGUCCUGGUUAACCGAAGAGGAUUACAGCAAAGAAAAACAACGCCCUCCCAUAUACAAUCCAGAAGAUUAUGCUGUUGCUUUAAGAAAAUGGGCUAAACGAUCAUCAAAUAACACACCCACAAAUGGUACACAAACAUUAAAUGGACAAAAACAACAAUAUGGCUUAUAUGAAUCACCCGGUGGUAGCAAUAAUAGUCAAGGUAAUACAAAUACAACCGGUAGCCGUUCAUCACGUACAAAUUCAGCACCACCAUCGACAUCAAACAGCUCUUCACUAUCUGGAAAUAAUAAUAAAUUGUUAACGGAUACAUUAUGUAUGUCUGGGGGUUCUUCACCUGGUGGAAAUAUGAACAUGGCUUUAGGUGAUUGUACAUUAUUACGUGAUUAUAGAAAUCCAAUGUUAACAACUCCAGCAGCUGGUGAAAUGAGUUUAAGACAAUUUAGUUCUGUAUCAGAAUUAUUAUCAAAACUACGUGCGGAUUUACGUUUUGCAUUUCCAAGUUUUGUCCAAGAAUUUGUUGGAGAACCGUUGGAUGGAGUUACGUUAUUAUUGGAAUUAUUACGUGGUGUACAAUUGAGUCAAGCGGGUGGUACAAUGCAACGUGUUCCACCAGCAAUACAACGACGUGCUCUCUUAGAUGAACUUGUAUGCUUACAAUGUUUAAUUAGCUGUUGUAUACGACACAACGAUGCUAUACGACGAUUAGCAUCAUCACCAGCAGGACUGUAUACAUUAGCUGUUGGUAUUAUGAGUAAUGUUAGCAAAUCGAGAAUUAUUGCACUUAAGUUACUUACAAUGGCAUGUGAACCACCAGGAAAUGGGCAUAUACCAGUAUCAGAAUCGUUAUCCACAUUACGAUUGCGAUUUGGUGAGCCUGUCCGUUUUCGAUUUUUGGUUGGUGUGUUAAGUUCAUCUGGAAAUCACGGUGAAUUAUUAGCAGCUGGCUUACGAUUUUUAAAUGCUUUUAUGUUAAGUGCAGGCAAUUCUCAAAAACGACUUUAUGUUCAAGCUGAACUGGAACAAGCUGGAUUUGACAUAAAUGUCUUUAAAAAGAUUACUCCCAUAAAUUCGCCAUUUACAGAACGUGUAUUUGCUGAAUUGGAAAAAUGGGAAAAUAGUCAUGUUGAUAUACAAAAGUUGACGUCACAUGCUGAAGAAAUUGAACGACAAAAUAAUUCGUUAAAAGAGAAAAUGAGAUUAUUAGAACGUAGAGUUAAGAUUUUACAAGAGGAAAAAGGUAUAUUAAUGUCAUUAGAACAAUGUUUAAAGGAUCGUUGUUCAGAAUUACAAGAAGAAGUUUCGAAUAAGCAGCAAGGAAAAUCAAAUAAAAUUAUAAAUGCAAGAAGAGCAUCUUCUAGUAAACGAGAAGAUUCAACGCCUGCUGAAGAUGAGGGUAUAUCAUCGUCAGAAAGAUCUCUAUCACCAGACGAUGAUAUCCAAAGGGAACCAAUGGUUUAUGAAGUAAUCAAUGUACAAAAUGAUACAAUAUUAGUGAAUACAAAAGGCAGUCAACGUAAUAUUCAAAACAAUAACAAAAUAGACAAAAUAAACAACAGUAAAAAAUAUUACCAUACACAAAUUGAUGGACACGAGGAUGAAACAACAAUUGAAGAAGUUAUCGAAGAAUUAAAAAAUAUUAUAAACGAUGCUGAAACAGAAAACUCAAAAGCAAAUAAUAAUGUUAUUACCGAAAAUAAAAAUAAUUGUAUACAAAUCAAAGUUGAUUCACAGCCAUCAAUUGAAAAUAUUGAAGCUGAAAUAGUUCCAUCUAAUUUACAUCCACAACCUCCACGCAAAACAAAAAGUUUAAUACAUUUAUAUUUCCCAGCAAAUAAUGAUUCAGACCAAUAUGAAUGUCGACAACAAGAAAUAUUCUUUGAUGAAGAAGAAAAUCAACUCUUCACAUCCGACGAUGAUUCUGAUUCACUAUUAAGUGCAUCAAAAUGUCAAAAUUUACCACGUGUCGAUAGACAGGAAAUUAUAGAAAAUUCACAUGACAAUCGUGCGCUAUUAAAUAGUAUUAUGGAUGCUAGAGAUCGUGCUGAAGAAUAUGAAAGACGUCGACAAAAAGCACGAUAUUACGAUAAACCAUUGAUACCUCCAAAUGUUAACGUUAAAGAUGCCAAUAUUAAAUCAGUGAAACACAGCAGUAUUGAUGGCUUAUUUAUCGUUGAUAUUAAUUCCCCUACAGCUACACCAGUUUUAAAACAUAAUAAACAAAUUGUGGAAACAUCAACCAUUGAUCAACAAGCGAUUGCAGAUAAAAUCAAGUCAAAAAGUUUAGAUCGAAUUGAUGAAGGUUUAAAUUCCAUGGUCGAUAUUGUUUUAACAUCAGAUUAUCAAAAUGGUGUAGGAAAUAAAUGUUUACGUAAACAAAGUUUAAAACAAAAUAAAACAAAACCACCACAAGUGUUUGUUCAUGUGGCAAGGAAUCGUAAUAGUAACACAGGUUCUGGGAUAUCACAACAAAAUGUUACAACCUUAACGUCCUCCUCGUAUUAUGAAGAUAAACAUCGUGUUUUUCUACCAUCAAAUGAGUUCGAUACAAACAAUGAAUCUAUAUCAUAUUUACAAACAAAUCGAUCAAUAUUACCAAAUGAUAGCGCCAAUCAUAGUACUAGUACGUUUUCAAUAAAACGGGGACAAUGUAAUGCUGGAAUGUAUAGUGGCUCCAAUCAUGGAAGAAAACUAAUAUCUAGUAUACCAUCAAGUGAUUAUCGGUCAAUGUCACCAAUGGCAAUGGCUAAAACAAACAGUCAAAUUUCUAUUAGUAAAGUUACUGAUUUACCAUCUGGUUUAUAUUAAACUCCUUUAAAUAAAGGAUCUUGAAAAGUACCUGUUUUCACCACCCCAAAUAUUAAUUAAAUUUAUACUAUUUAUUAGAAGAAUUUUUCAGAGUAUAAUUUUAAUGAGUCGUUGACUAAUUUCAGUUCGGACUAAGUACAUCUCUUUCAUUGCCUGCUAGGUAAUCAAAAAGCUUAGUUUGAACUUAGUUGACACUCUUCUUUGAAGAUUAGAUCCAGCACUGAUUGUAAGCAUGUGCAACGAUACACAGAAUGCCACAAAAGGAUUUUGGUCAAGAAGGAUUUUGAUCAUAUAUAUUAAACUAGAGUGGAGAGGGUGGCUUUGUACAGCGCAUCCAGCUGUCUUUUGUUUUCAAUUUUUUGUCUUUUGUUUUCAACCAAUUGAACAAUUUCAAUUGUUUUCAAUCACUUAGACAUCCUGACGCGCAGUAUAAAGUACGCAACGAAUUAUGACUAGAACCUGCCCAGAUAUAUUGUUCUUGUUUUUGAUAAUGUCAAAAUUUGUAACUAUUCCCUUAAGAAAUAACUCAAGUAUAAAAUUCGAUAAUUUUACGAAGUGGAUGUACUGGUCUGGGAAUCUCGUAGAAAGUGCUAAUUAUAUCCUUCAUUGAUUUAACUAUUAAUCCCUGAAUUUCGGAAAGAUUCUUCACCUAUAUUUUACAAGGAGUUGAAUAAAACGUACAUAAAGUGGUAAACUUGAAAAGCAGAUUAUUAUAUACAACCGAAGAAUGUAGGCGAUUUUGACAUUAAAUUAUUGAGCCACUAGUGCCUUUUGUACUUAAAUUUAAGA